CAAACUCCGAUAUUUAUGCACCACCACGACUUAUUUUCCUUUCUAUAUAGCAAAAAGCAAAGAGGCGGAAAACAGUGAGUCAGAUCCUUCUCAACAUAUCCUAGGAAAUUGGAAGCAAGCCAAGCAUGGGCUCGAUAACGAACAAGGGUCUCCACCAGUACCUGUCGCAGCUUCGGCGUCACCCCCUGAGAACCAAGGCACUUACAGCGGGGGUGUUGUCAGGGAUCAGUGAUUUGGUUUCUCAGAAGCUCACUGGGAUACAGAAGAUUCAACUGAGACGGCUUCUUCUCAAAGUGCUUUUUGGAGUUGCUUAUCUUGGACCUUUUGGGCAUUUCCUGUAUAUAACACUGGACAAAAUUUUCAAGGGCAAGAGGGAUUCAAAAACAGUAGCCAAGAAGGUGUUGCUGGAACAGUUGACAUCUUCUCCUUGGAACAACUUGCUAUUCAUGAUCUACUAUGGAUUUAUUAUUGAGGGAAGACCCUGGGUGCAUGUAAAAACUAAAAUUAAGAAGGAUUAUCCAUCAGUGCAGCUUACAGCUUGGACGUUCUGGCCUGUUAUUGGGUGGGUAAAUCACCAGUACGUGCCAUUGCAGUUCCGUGUCAUUUUCCAUAGCCUUGUUGCAUUUUGCUGGGGAAUAUUUCUAAAUCUACGAGCAAGAUCUUUGGUGUUGACAAAGACCAAGUGAAUUUCAAAAGAAAAAAUGCCAUUGCCUGUUCAGACGAUUGAUGCUCACAGUUUGUGAUAUAUCUAUGCAAUGUAUGGUAUCGUUUAAACAAUCGUGUAUCGAAAUAAUAUUAAAUUUCGACUCCUUGUCUUGUAUCUGUUAUUCAUAAUGAAUGAUCUGGAGAUUCCUUUGGCAUUACUCGUUGGUAAUUUCGAAGUAUCUUCAGACUUCAUUCAUGCA